AUGGAGUCACAUUACUGUAGAUCAUCUUCCUCUAAAAACUACCUGCUACCAGAAUGGACUUCAAAAGAGGAAUUGUACAGAUUUUAUAAGACUGAUUGGUGCCAAAGAAAAUAUAUAAAAUCCUUAUCAAUUACGAGUUUCAACAAGGCAUUUGAAUCUAAGAAUAUGGCACUGUUCAGUCCUAAAAAGGAUCAAUGUGAAAUCUGUGAAAAAUACAAAAAUGGUUUCAUAGGUGAAGAACAAUAUAACGCUCAUAUAUUAAACAAAAAUGAGGCCAGAGCAGAAAAACAAAAGGAUGUGGAAAACGAGAAAUUCGUAUUUUCUGUUGAUCUUCAAGCUGUUUUAAUGUCUCCUAAAUCUAAUGUUAGUAGCUUAUAUUACAAGACAAAAUUAUGCGUUCACAACCUUUGCUUUUAUAAUAUGCUCAACAAAGAUGGCUAUUGCUUCUUAUGGCAUGAAGGGGAGGGUGGACUAACAGCAGAAGAAUUUUCCUCAUGUUUCUACUCAUUUUUGGAAACAAAAGUCAUACCAGCAAUGGAGAUAAGAUAA